AAUCUCCUCGCUCUCGCCGCACAACGUUCGUCUUCUUCAACACAAAUUAGCUUUGAGCUGUGAGCAGAGAGCAGUCAUGGGUCACUCCAACGUCUGGAACUCGCAUCCCAAGAAAUAUGGUCCUGGCUCUCGCACCUGCCGUGUGUGUGGAAACUCUCACGGGCUAAUCCGUAAGUAUGGUCUCAACUGUUGUAGACAGUGCUUCAGAAGCAACGCUAAGGAAAUCGGAUUCAUUAAGGUAAAAUAA